CGCCGUUUCUCCGCUUGCGACUAUAGCGUGGGUCAUUGCAAAUCAAACGGACAGAGGGCGGGGAAACAGCCACCGGUGAGGGACGUACACAUCUCAUCGGUUUGCUCGAUGGUGCCACGGCAGAUUCCAUUACAGUAUCUUAAGAUCCAGUACGAGGUGCUUUGGGCCUGAAAAUGGACUCCAUUUCCCUGCUGGGCAGCAGCCCGGCCAGCACCAAAGUCUGCUUCCUACCAAACGGUCUGAAGAAUGGGUCCAAAGACGGAUCUGGCAAGCUCACGGUCGGCAUCAUCGGUUCUGGAGACUUCUCCAAAAGCCUGACCCUCCGGCUGCUCCGCAGCGGCUUUCACGUGGUGGUGGGGAGCCGACAGCCCAAGAGAGCGGCCGAGUCGUUCCCGCAUGUGGUAGACGUGACCCAUCACGAGGACGCAGUGGGGAAGGCCAACAUCGUGUUCCUGGCCAUUCGCCGAGAGCACUAUUCCUCCCUCUGGGACAUCAAACACCUGCUGGCUGGAAAAAUACUGGUGGAUGUCAGCAACAACAGACGGAUCAACCAGUAUCCAGAAUCAAAUGCAGAAUACCUAGCAUCCCUAUUCCCAGAAUCCAUUGUGGUCAAAGGCUUCAAUGUGAUCUCAUCCUGGGCCAUGCAGUCAGGCCCCAGAGACUCCAGUCGACAGGUCUAUAUUUGCAGUAAUUCAGUGGACGCUCGACAGCAGCUCAUUGAAAUGGCCCGUCAGCUCAGUUUCAUCCCUGUGGACAUGGGCGCGCUGUCCUCUGCCAAAGAGAUCGAGAAUAUGCCACUGCAUCUCUUCACCGCCUGGAAAGGACCUGUCUUGACUGCGGUCGCCUUGUCCAUCUUCUUUUUCGCUUAUUCCUUCGUGCGGGACAUUAUUCAUCCUUAUAUGAAGACCAGACAGAGUUUUUUCUACAAGAUCCCUCUGGAAAUAGUGAACAGGACGCUGCCUGUAGUGGCCAUAGUUCUGCUAGCGCUGGUGUAUUUGGCAGGACAGCUUGCUGCCGCGUACCAGCUCAUCUACGGGACGAAGUACCGCCGUUUUCCGCCCUGGUUGGAGGGCUGGCUGGAGAGCCGCAAACAGCUGGGUUUGCUGAGCUUCUUCUUUGGCUGCAUUCACGUGCUCUACAGCCUCUGUCUGCCCAUGAGACGCUCAGAGAGAUACCUGAUGCUCAACAUGGCCUAUCAGCAGGUGCAUGCCAACAUAGAGAACUCAUGGAAUGAAGAGGAAGUUUGGAGGGUGGAGAUGUACGUUUCAUUUGGCAUCAUGGCUCUGGGACUCCUCUCUCUAUUAGCCGUCACUUCCAUUCCAUCGGUGCACAACGCACUCAACUGGCGAGAGUUUAGCUUUAUCCAGUCCACUCUAGGUUACAUCGCCCUGCUCAUUUCCACGUUCCACGCUCUGCUCUUCGGCUGGCAGCGGGCGUUUCUGGAGGAGUCUUAUCGCUUCUACAUGCCGCCCAAUUUUGUCCUGGCCCUGGUCCUGCCUGUCACGGUGAUAAUCGGAAAAGUGGUGCUGCUGCUUCCCUGUGUGAGUCGGAAGCUGAAACGAAUCAGGCGUGGAUUAGACUCCAAUCAGAGCCGCACCAACCACGAGAGACCGGCUGCCCACGUUUCACCUGAGAGGGUCACCAUCAUGUAACUCCACCGCACAGUAACAGUAAACACUCAGCUUUUUGUUUCUAGUUGUACUUAUCAUACACAUAAUACUUGGCUCAUCUAUAAGUUGACAUUUCAGCUGCUUUAUUGGUUCCAGUCCUCUUUUCUUUCAUAAAUAUGAGUUGAGUUAGAAUGGGAAUGGUCAUGUGACCUCACUGAACCCUUCAAAGGAGGAUGUCAUGUGACUGGAUGACCUGUUAUUGUAUACCAAACCUUAUUAAAAACAAUGUUAUUUAUGCACACACUGCUGUUCAAACGUUUGGGAUUGUCAUAAGAUUGUCUCUGAAUAUUUAAUGCUCACCAAGGCUGCAUUUGUUUGAUUAAAAAUACAGUAAAAUUGUGAAAUAUUAUUGCAAUUUAAAAUAACCAUGUGCUAUUUGAAUAUAUAUUAAAAUGUAAUUUAUUCCUGUGAUGCAAAGCUGAAUUUUCAGCAUCAUUACUCCAGUCUUCAGUGUCACAUGAUCCUUCAGAGAUCGUUCUAAUAUGCUGAUUUGCUGCUCAAGAAACAUUUCUUGUUAUUAUUAAUAAAAAUAGUUGUGCUGUUUAAGUGAUCACAUUUCCAUUAAUUAGGCAGCACAACUAUAUUCAUUAAUAAUAAUAAUAAUAAAAAAACAGAAAUAUUUUGUAACAUUAGAAAUGUAUUUACAGUCAACUUUGAUCAAUUUAAUCCAUCCUUGGUGAAUAAAGUAUUAAUUUCUUUCAAAAGUAAUAACCCCAAACAUUUGAACACAUAAACUUCCAGUCAAAAGUUUUUGAACAGUAAGAUUUUAAAUGUUUUUAAAGCAAAAACAGUACAAUUUUUUAAAUAUUUUACUAUUUAAAAUAACAGUUUUCAAUUUUAAUAUAUUUUAAAAUGUAAUUUAUUCCUGUGAUUUUAAAGCUGAAUUUUUAGCAUCAUUACUCCAGUCACAUGAUCCUUCAGAAAUCAUUGUAAUAUUCUGAUUUGCUGCUCAAAAACAUUAUUAUUAUUAUAUUUAUUUCUGGUUGCUUUGAUGAAUAGAAAAUUCAAAAGAACAACAUUUGUCUGAAAUAGAAAUCUUUUGUAACAUUUUAAAUAUUUUAUCAUCACUUUUGAUCAAUUUAAAGCAUACUUGCUAAAUAAACGUAUUCAUUUUUAUUAAUACAAAAAAGUUACAAAAGCUUUUUAUUUCAGAUAAAUGCUGAUCUUUGGAUCUUUCUAUUCAUCAAAUAAUCCUGAAAAAAAUGAACUAAACUGUUAUUAUUGAUAAUAAUAAAAAUAAAUGUUUCUUGAACAGCAAAUCAGCAUAUUAGAAUGAUUUUUGAAAGUUCAUGUGACACUGAAGACUGGAGUAAUGAUGCUGAAAAUUCAGCUUUGAUCACAGGAAUAAAUUACAUUUUAUAAUAUAUUCAAAUAGAAAGCAGUUAUUUUAAAUAGUAAAAAUAUCUCACAAUAUUACUGCUUUUGCUGUACUCCAGAUCAAAUAAAUGCAAGCUUGGUGAGCAGAAGAGACUUCUUUAAAAAAACAUUAAAAAUCUUACUGUUCAAUACUGUUGCUGUUGUGGUGGUAUAUAAAUGUGCAUUUUGAUUAAACCUCAUGCCAAAACUCUGGCUUAUGUCUUUACGUACAUGAAAAAUUGUCUUUGCAGUCUUUCAUCAACGUGUAACUUUCUCCACACAGCAAGUACGUAAAGGUUACGGUAAAAAUAGCACAUAACUAUAGUUUUGGAGGGAAUAAAAGCAUUAUCUUUGUGAUAAAAAUGCUCCUAAUGUUGUCCCAGGCUCCAUUCUGGUACAGAAACAACCUUUUUUCUCAGUUCAAUCAUUUCCCAAUGGGACUUCCUAAAGUUCUGCCCUGUUUCACUGAAAAAUACAUCACAGAAGUUAUAGACAUAGUUCACCCAAAAAUAAAAAUUCUGUCAUUAAUUACUCACACUCAUGUCGUUCCAAACCCGUAAGACCUUUAUUCAUCUUCAAAACACAAAUUAAGAUAUUUUUGAUGAAAUCCCAGAGGUUUCUGACCCUGCAUAAACAGCAACACAGCUGACACGUCAAGGCCCACUAAGGUAGUGAAACGACAUGAGGGUGAGUAAUUAAUGACAGAAUUUUAGGGUGAACUAUCCCUUUAAAUGGCUUGUGAAUGUCAUUUCAUGUUUACUUAACAUUGCAUCAGUUGCAUUCACAACAAUUUGUGAGAUUUGAUGGUUCAUGUGACAGAUCAACAUGUCAUAAUGUUACGGCAAAGCAGUACCAUGACAUAUUCAGCCACUGGACCUGCACAGACUGAACAGACUGCUAAACAUCUCAUGCUAACUGACAGCUCUUUUAUACACUGUUUCCUGUGAACUGUGCUGAAAACUGUUUUUGUGUCACUUGUCUUGUUGCACAGCGCUAUCUGCCUCCAGUGUGUUGUUUGGUAGCAGUGUGAACACAAACUCUUGUGCCUCACUUGAUGUUUGAGUGAGUAACAAUAAAUACAAACAUACA